CAAAGAAACCCGCUCGAAGACGAAUAGCAAUGAAAAUGAGUAGAUGGAAACCGUUGGAAGGGAAAUAUCCCAGCGAAACAUCUGGAAUUGAUGCUUUCAUCAUUACCGGCUCUGUAUGCAGUGUAUAUGACGACUUCCCCUGGAUCAGGACACUGAUGCAGUACAUCAGAUACAUCUAUGAUACCCAACCGCACAUCAAGUUCUUUGGUAGCUGCUUCGGUCAUCAAAUACUCGCUCAAAGCUUGCUCGCCGAGCAUGGAGUAAGGGUUGAGAAAUCCAAGUACGGAUGGGAGAACGGGGUUCACGAUGUCACACAUUCCGCACAAUUCACAGCCUACUUCCCUUUGCUACGAGAAGAGGCGAUGCGAUAUCAAUUCGUGCAUCAAGACGAGGUUGUUGCCGAUUAUCUGCCCUACGGUUGGCUAUCAAUUGGGUACUCCGAUAUGUGCGCAAUCCAGGGACUAUUCCAGCCUGGGCGAGUAUUGACUUAUCAGGGUCACCCAGAGUUUGAUCGCGAUAUCUUGUACUACUUCAUGGACAUGCUAGACAGGAGUGGAGCGAUUGAUGACGUUGAAUACGCAACGUCAUUAAAGCUCAUUGAUCAGGACACGACGAGUGGAUUGGCAGCCGAAGUGGUUUUAAAGUUUCUGGAAAUGUGA